GGAAAGGUUUGAAAGAGAAAAUUUAGAAUAUCAGAGAGAGUAUCCUGGCAAAAUCACCCAAAACUAGAAGAUGUCAACAAGAGUCUCCCCCUACUUAAUUCCCUAAAAGGUUAUUACAUCUUUUUUCCUAGAAAUUUUAGAUAAUUACCUAUUGGAGAUAAUUCAUGAAUGGAUAGCCAACGAAGUGAUGGUUCUGUCGAUAUUCGACAUUUUUAAAAGAUGACAUAGGAUCCCAGAAAUACGGUAGUAGAGACUACUUCAAAAUGCAAAGGACAUUUUCCCAUUACGUAAACUGAGGUGGCUAUUUUUGAGGUAUCAAAUGACUCUGCAUGACUGUUGUUGAAAGUUAAAGGAUGCAUUAGAAUCAACCUUAAUUAGCUAAGUGCAUGGGGAAAAAGAAUUGUGCUAAGAGCGUUUUAUUGCUCAUUGAAGGAAUGGGUAAAAGGCCUGUUUACAUGAUCCAAGCUCUUGAAUUCGAGAACUCAGAAGAAUUUCUCUCUCCAAGAAAUUGGAUGAUUCGUCGACAAUAUCCAAGUUCUUGAAGGUCAAUGAUUGGUCGGAUGGAAAACGUGAUCAUGCGCAUUGUUCAUGUCCCCGAGUUACUUACAAUUCCUUUUAUUAAAAUAAAUAUUACACACAACGUUCUAACAAAAUUCUAGGCAAGAUGAUGACACUUGAAUUUUUCUAAGGAACAGUAAAAUAUGAUUAAUUUCUCUAUUUAUAUGCAAAAAAACUAAGGAAGGAUUAGAAUUCGUAGUAAAACAAUUGUUAUAUUUAUCUCCCAUCGUCCUAACUCAUUCGAUUGCUUUACAAUAAGAUUAUGCCACAUUUGCAUGGAAAAUUCUGUAUAGUUCCUGAGCAAAAAAUGGAACAUGGCAGUCCUGAAAAGCUUGCUUUAAGUGAAAAUGGAGGAAAUGUUUUACCUGCCGUGGAUAACAUUGUAAAUAUUUCCUCAGAGACUAAUUCUGAAGAAAGUAGAGUGUUUCAAAACGACGAUCAAGAUUUUAAACCUAUUCUUUUAACUUUUAUUAAAGAUGAAAGUAAUAAUCAUCUGACCGAAAAGUGUUUAAGCAUUCUUAAAGAAAGGAUGAAGCCAAAGCCAUUAGAAAAUCCUUGUAAGAGUUAUGCAGCUUUAUUUGUUGAAAGCAACAUUCACGAUCAGUUCGAUCAACAUUCUACGGUUGAUCGUACACAUCCAUUCUUAGACAUGAAACCUUCAGGGAAUGGUGAAUCUAAUAUUUGUAUUGACACAAAACAUUUUGCCUCUACUACAAUUAAUCAUUCCAGCACCCACUAUUCUUUGAACUUAAAUAAUAAGAUUAAUAUUCCACAAAACGUUAAUGAACCUAAAAAACAAGUUGGCAUAGUCAAAGAAGAGAUUGCUGCGUCUAAUAGAACUGUUCAAAAAUCAACAAAAAAAGUAAGCCUACCAAGAAAAUGCUUUGCCAAGGCAAGAAAGAAUAUAGGCAGGCCAAAAGAAUCAGACAUAAGAGUUUGUAAUUGCCAAUUUAAACAAGAAGAUAGCAUUCUGAAAGUUGGCAAAGUCGAAAAAGACAUAAAAUUGUCUUCAAAAAUUGUAGGAAAGUCAAAGAAAAAAGCAGGUCGGCCUAAACAGGUAGAAGACACCAAAGAUAAUGGCAUGGUCAAGAAAGAAAUUGCAACGUUUUCAAAAUCUGUGGGAAAGUCAACAAAAAAAGUAGGUCGCCCAAAAGAAGACAUUGACAAAGUAAACAAACAAAGAAAAAGUUUUGCUAGGUCAAAAACAGCAGGUACAAAAGGUGGUAAUUGUUUGCAAUUUAAACAAGAUUGCAUCCAAGAAAAUGGCAUGUUAAAGAAAGAGAUUGCAGGAAAAUCAACGAAAAAAGCAGGUCGGCCUAAACAGGUAGAUAACACCAAAGAUAAUGGCAUGGUCAAGAAAGAAAUUGCAACGUCUUCAAAAACUGUGAGAAAGUCAACAAAAAAAGUAGGUCACCCACGAAAAGAAAUUCUUAGAAAAUGUCUUGCUAGGGUAAGAAAGAAUGUAGGCAGGCCAAAAAUAACAGAUACAAGGUUCAUACAUGGUUGCUGUUUGCAAGAAGGUAAGCAAGACCUCGAAAAAUGCUGUAGUGUUCAGAUCUCAAGUGUCACAGAAAGUUCUAUUCUCUCUAACAGCUUCAGUUGUGGACCCACUUUUUAUAACAACGUGCUUCUUCAUGAUGCGAAUUGUGCGUCACCUUUCGAUGAAAAAGAUAAUUCUUUCGAAUCUGAACAUGCCGAUUGCUCGCGUUUAUUGAGAAACGCGAAUGCAUCCAUUGAUAUUAUUUCUGGAACUCAACGUGCGCUAAUGACGCCAGUGAGCCUUACUCCUAGUUUUCCAUUUACAAAUGAAACCUUUUUUCUUAACUCAUUGACUUUGGAAGAAAGAAGUUUGAUCGAGAAGUAUAGCGCCUGUUCUGUGGUUUUGGAUAAAGUAUCAACCGAAAAGCUGCUGGAAACAACGUCAGUUUGCAAAGAAAAUAUUCCUCAAAAAAGAAAGCUGCACAGAAAAGGUACUUUUAAAAAAAAAAACCUAGACAGACCCCUGACUAUGUACAAGGAAGGUAUCGAAGAGUUAUAGAAAAACAACUGACAACUUGAGCACUCCUUCACGGGUGCAGAGGGAAAGUGAUGCUGUUCAUCUCAAUGUGUUAAUUGCAGGAUUUAUUAUUAUUAUUUUAGUUGCAGGAUUUAUUAUUGUUAAUUAAUAUUUUAAGGAAACUGGAAAUAUUAAAACAUUGUUUGUCACAGUUUGUAAAAUUAGAAUCUGAAUAUUUUUAAAAUGUUGACAAACAAAUAUUGCGUAAACAUCUCAGGAGAAGGUUUGCUUAUAACUAUGACAUGUAGAAUUUUUAUUGUUUUAUUGUUAUUCAGUUAAAUAUUAAAC